GACAUCUCCAAAAACCCUCUACGACUCCAAGCAGUUCAUCAGGUCACCAAGAUCCAGUCGAGGUGUGAGCUGUGAGCACCUGGACGCCUCUGGGCAAGCGAGUGGUCAUCCAAAAGGACUUCUUUUCCCUAAUCAAAAGUCAGUAUGGGGGCCGGGGCGAGCGCCGAGGAGAAACACUCCAGAGAGCUAGAGAAGAAACUGAAAGAGGACGCCGACAAGGAUGCCAGGACCGUCAAACUUCUGCUGCUAGGUGCUGGUGAGUCGGGGAAAAGCACUAUUGUCAAACAGAUGAAAAUUAUUCACCAAGACGGUUACUCCCUUGAAGAGAGCUUGGAGUUCAUUGUCAUCAUCUACAGCAACACCAUGCAGUCGAUGCUGGCUAUUGUGAAAGCCAUGACCACGCUCAACAUUUCCUAUGGAGAUGCUGCUGCACAGGAUGAUGCAAGGAAGCUGAUGCACUUAGCAGACACCAUCGAGGAAGGCACCAUGCCAAAGGAGCUGUCUGACAUCAUCCUGAGGUUGUGGAAGGACUCGGGCAUCCAGGUGUGCUUUGACAGAGCCUCCGAAUACCAGCUCAACGACUCUGCGGGAUACUAUCUGAAUGACCUGGAGAGGUUGGUCAAGCCUGGCUAUGUCCCUACUGAACAGGACGUCCUGCGAUCAAGAGUGAAGACCACCGGUAUCAUCGAGACCCAGUUCUCCUUCAAGGACCUCAACUUCAGGAUGUUUGAUGUGGGCGGUCAGCGCUCGGAGAGGAAGAAGUGGAUCCACUGCUUCGAAGGUGUGACCUGUAUCAUCUUCAUUGCUGCUCUGAGCGCAUACGACAUGGUGCUGGUGGAGGAUGAUGAAGUGAACCGAAUGCAUGAGAGUCUCCACCUGUUCAACAGUAUCUGUAACCACCGUUACUUCGCCGCCACAUCCAUUGUACUCUUCCUCAACAAGAAGGACGUCUUUUUGGAGAAGAUCAAGAAAGCUCAUCUGAGCAUGUGCUUCCCGGAUUAUGAUGGUCCCAACACCUUUGAGGAUGCUGGUAACUACAUCAAGAUGCAGUUCUUAGAUCUGAACUUGCGACGAGACAUCAAAGAAAUCUACUCCCACUUGACCUGUGCCACAGACACAGAGAACGUCAAGUUUGUGUUCGAUGCCGUAACAGAUAUUAUCAUCAAAGAAAAUCUCAAAGACUGCGGUCUCUUCUAAACAAGCCAUCUGUGGGUAGAGAGCAGCUUAAUCAAUAAAUCCCAAUACUGACCCACUGCCCAUUGUAGUCUGUGUUCCUCCCUGGGUAAUGAGGAAUUCUCCAGUGCGCACACACACACAUGCAAGGGAACUGAAUCGAUCAAAACUUAAAGAAGUUGUUAUAUCAUUGCUGUUGGGAUCUACGUCUGAUUAAACACACUGCACAUAAUUAAACAUCAGAGUCUGAUACAUAUUCAUAGCAGCAAGUCAUAUAUAACAACCCAUAUAUGAAGGGUGUUUGGCACUAUUAGUUUUGGCAGUGAUCUAUCCUGUAGAUUUGCGCUACACUUCACGCAGCUGUACACCAAAUAACUAUCCUACCGAAACACCUGCAUAUAUGCACUUCAGCAUCUUGUGGCAAGAGUCAUUUAUGAAGUAUUACAGUUAUACGUUACAGCAGUUAGUGUGUCAAGUUCAUACUAUGAAGCUUUGACUUUACUGGGAAACAAAGUUCUGUGUUAUUUACAGAGUUGUUAUGUCUCAUGAUCAGAAUCUAGAUAAGAUGGAUGACUUUGAUGAAAAGAUAGCAUGUAAUAGGUUGUUAAAUCAGGAGCAGCUAGCUGAGAGACACAGAACACAAUAUCUGAGUGAAUUGUUUAAAUGAAGAAAUCUAAUAUUGAUUAAAAGGGCACAAUUGACUGCAAAACCAUUUAAAACCAUGGAAAUGAAAAUUGAACAAAUAAAGCUUCUGUAGAACUUGA